GGGACCGGCAGAUGCAAAUCACACGCUCCUCUCCUCUCUCCCUCUAGAAGUUGUAGCCACCAAGUUUUAAAGUCUUUAAAGAAUAAGCGAGGAGGAGAAAGAAGAGAAGGAAAAGAAAGAGCGAGUGAGUGAGCCAAAGCGAGACAGAAGAACACCCCGUACCGAGCGAGCGACUGGGUACAUCCGCCACUCACUCCUCCUCCCAAAGUGAAACAGCAACUUUACAACUGAUUUGCACCUGUUUGAACAGCUCCAGCUAGAGAGGCGACAGCAGCAGUGGCAGAAGCAGCAGCAACAGCAGCAGCAACAGCAACAGCAGCAGCAGCAGCAACAACAGCAGCAAAGACACACCACCCCAGAACCAAGUGGUUUUUGCACGAGGAAAAAGUUUUCACCUGUAAUUUUGAUAGCCACUGCGUGUGUGCUUGGUUUUUGUUUUGAGUUUUUCCUUCUCUAAAAUUUCUCAUUAUUAACCAUAGGAUCUUUUUAAAUUUUUUGGACAUCUCUCUCCAUUUUUGAUCAUCUCUGUCUUCCUGGUACUCUAUGCUUCACGCCUUUUUCUCCUGGUGCAGGUGAACACUAAAAGCCGCUUGAAUGUACAGCAUGAUGAUGGAAACGGACUUGCAUUCCCCGGGUGGGGCCCAGGCCCCCACGAACCUAACGGGCCAGACCGGGGCUGGCGGAGGAGGAGGGGGCGGUGGCGGCGGUGGCGGCGGCGGAGGAGGCAGCAACAAAGCCAACCAGGACCGGGUCAAACGGCCCAUGAACGCUUUUAUGGUGUGGUCCCGGGGCCAGCGGCGCAAGAUGGCUCAGGAAAACCCCAAGAUGCACAACUCGGAGAUCAGUAAGCGGCUGGGGGCCGAGUGGAAAGUCAUGUCCGAGGCAGAGAAACGUCCUUUCAUCGAUGAGGCGAAGCGUCUGCGGGCUUUGCAUAUGAAGGAGCACCCGGAUUAUAAAUAUCGGCCCCGGCGAAAAACCAAGACCCUCCUCAAGAAAGACAAGUAUUCGCUGGCCGGGGGCUUGCUGACGGCCGGUGCCGGAGGCGGAGGCCCGGCCGUUGGGGUAGGCAUGGGAGUGGGAGUGAGUCCUGCUGGUGUGGGCCAGCGUCUGGAAAGUCCCGGAGGCACAGCUAGCGGAGGCUACGCGCACAUGAACGGCUGGGCCAACGGAGCCUACCCUGGUUCCGUGGCGGCGGCCGCUGCCGCGGCAGCGAUGAUGCAGGAAGCGCAACUUGCCUACAGCCAGCACCCAGGCGCCGGGGGAGCGCACCAUCACCCCCACGCGCAUCCCCACCACCCUCACCACCCGCACAACCCACAGCCUAUGCACCGCUACGAUAUGGGUGCACUGCAGUACAGCCCCAUCUCCAACUCGCAGGGCUAUAUGAGCGCCUCGCCCUCGGGCUACGGGGGCCUUUCUUACGGCGCCGCGGCUGCCGCAGCAGCUGCCGCGGGCGGCCCACACCAGAACUCUGCAGUGGCAGCGGCGGCAGCUGCAGCGGCCGCGUCGUCAGGCGCCUUGGGCGCGCUGGGCUCGCUAGUCAAGUCUGAGCCUAGCGUCAGUCCUCCAGUCACCUCGCAUUCUCGGGCUCCGUGCCCCGGGGACCUGCGCGAGAUGAUAAGUAUGUACUUACCCGCCGGGGAAGGAGGGGACCCGGCGGCCGCUUCGGCGGCAGCGGCAGCCGCGGCUGCGGCACAGAGCCGACUGCAUUCGCUGCCCCAGCACUACCAGAGCGCCAGCACUGGAGUCAAUGGCACUGUCCCCUUGACACACAUCUAGUCUCAGAGACCCCAAUCCAGCGAGCAAGUGGCUGCGCGCUAGAGUUAGAAAGUGAGCGAGAGACUGACUGGCAAAGGAAAAAAAAAAAAAACUUACAUUGCAACAAACACACAGCAAAACAACAAACUUGUACCUCUGCGAUGGGACUGUCGCUCCCCAACCCCUAUUCCUAGCUCUUGUCACCUCCCUCCUCUAACCUCCUAAACCUCUUUUACCUUCCCCUCUCCCAUCACCGCCGCUUCCACCUGGACUUCCUUUUUGUACAGAAUGUUUUGAUGUUCUUGUAAAAAAAAAAAAAUCCCGAUAAUAUUAAUAACGAGGAAAAGAAGGUAACAGUUGCUCUAUUUACCUUUUUAGAAGCUCCUGAGAACUAGUUGCUGAGACUAGUUUUGCGUUUUAGACUGAACUUCGGUGUUUUAUUGAGACUUUUUGUACAGUAUUUAUCAGUCAUUGAGAAGGCAUAUAGCGUUUUAUUUGUUAAAGAGGAAAAAAAAAACAAAGAUAUAGGCGAUGCCAAUUUUUAUAUAAACGCUUAAGCAUUAACUCAUCCUUGCAUCGCUUCCGUUUGGCGCUUUAUUGCCUAAGAUACAGUGAUGGGGAACAGUUCUCAUUUGUUUCAGUUGUAGUAAAGGAACUCCGAACCACACGUUAAAGUUUUUUUCGUAACUGUUACCGCUUUUUUUUUCUGUUUAUUUAUAUAAAGAGACAUCUCCAUCCACCCCACCCCCGUUUUUUUU